AUGUUUGCCCCGAGGGCCUCGAGACCUCUUACUGUUGCAGCUUAUUCGCCCAAGAAUGGUGGUCUCAGACGAAGGAAGAAAGAACAAAGUGCACCUGUUAUUGAAUUGGAACGAAUUCUUGGAUUUACGACAUUUAAACCAACUGCUCUUGCUUCAGCACCGUCAACUGAUCUUAUAGCAUAUGCAGCUGGCGCUGUAGUUGUAUUGUAUAAUCACAAGAAGAAUAAACAAGUCGGAUUCCUAUAUGCAUCCUCAUCGUCUUCACCUUCCCACAAUCUUGCACCAAAUAAUCGACAUACAAUCGCUGGAGACGCAUUAGCCAAUCAAUUGAGUUCAUUGGGCGCGCUGGAGCCGAAUGUUUCAAGCUCCAAUAACAAAAAGAAUACCGCUGGCAACAGAACCAAGGCAAUAUCUUGUUUGACGUUUUCUCCAGAUGGUGCUUAUUUAAUAGUUGGAGAGUGUGGUCAUCAACCACGCAUUCUGAUAUGGGAAGUGCAAUCUAAAACACUAGUCAACGAAUUGAAAGGUCACAAAUAUGGCAUACUCGCACUUUCAUUCUCACCAAACAUGAAAUAUAUUGUAUCGAUAGGAUUUCAGCAUGAUGGCUAUAUAAACGUAUGGAAUUGGAAGCAAGGGACUAAGUUGGCGUGCAACAAGAUUACCACGAAAGUACACACUUUAGCAUUCAAUCGAACAGGAUCGUUUUUUGUUACGGCCGGGUUAAGACAUGUUAAAUUCUGGUAUUUCGAUUCAAAUGGACUCUUGUCAAAAAAACCGUCUGCGCAAAAAUCGCUAGUACAAGUCCUUGACGGUCGAUCAGGGAUCUUGGGGGAUUUAAGGGAUAAUAACUUUGUUGAUGCAGUUUGCUGCAAAAAAUCAGACAAUACGUAUCUAGUUACAUCGAAUGGACGUUUAUGUAUGUUCACAGACGAACGGUUGAUGGACAAAUGGGUUGAUUUACAGGUUACAGGUGCAUUUUCCCUUGACGUUAGUGACAAAUACAUCAUCUGCGCAUGUACCAAUGGCAUUGUCAGGCUUUUUGAACCAAUCACUUUGAAGUAUUUAGGUACUUUACCUAAACCGCAUCCAUUAGGCGUUGACUUGACUACGCAGACGGGAUCUGUUUACCACGGUGGUGGACACGAUGACACGUAUCCUGACACUGUUGCCAUCAAACUAGACGGAGAGGCAGGAAAACUUACUUGUAUUUAUAGUGAUAGAAGUCUUUUUAUAUGGGACAUUAAAGAUGUAAAGAAGAUAGGAAAAUAUAGAAGUUUCUUAUAUCAUUGUGCUAAUGUCUGGGGAGUAGAGAUGAUACCCAUUAGAGACUCAUCAAAUCCCUCACCAUACCCCGAGGAUACGUUUAUCACUUACUCGGCAGAUAAUACGGUUCGAUUUUGGAGUUUAGACAGAGGCUCUAAUACUGCAACCAGUCCAACUGCCGAGACUACGCUCAAGCGAAACAUCUUCAGUAAGGAUUGCUUACGAAUUGCUUACGUUGAUCCGGAUGGAAAUAUUCGCAUGUCUAUUCAGAAAGAAAAGACAGAUGUCGACCACUCGGAUCCAAAUGUUAAUGGUGGCGCAAACGAAUUAGGGAUUCGCACUCUGAAAAUAAGCCCGGACGGUAAACUAUUGGCUUCCGGUGAUAAAGGAGGCAAUUUGAGUGUGUACGAUCUAGACACGUUUGAAAAGAUUACGUAUCAAGAAGCUCAUGAAGCGGAAAUAUUAACAAUAGAGUUUACAGACGGACGAUCAAGAGAUUCACCUUAUCUUAUUGCAACUGCAAGUCGAGAUAGAAUACUACACAUAUUCGACAUAAAAAGUGAUUUUCGUUUGAUACAGACACUAGAUGAUCACUCUUCAUCAAUUACCGCUAUCAAGUUUACUCACGAUGGCAGGAGAUUGAUAAGUUGUGGGGCCGACAAAAGUAUUAUAUUCAGAGCACGUCAAGAUUCUGAAGACUUUCCUUACUACGUCACAUACCAUAACAUAUCGGGGCGAGCAACAGUGUUCGACAUGGAUAUUGACAUAUCUAACAGAUAUAUAGCAACAGUCUCUGGCGAGCGUCGUCUCAAUUUGUACCAGAUUGAUUCUGGAAAAAAUGUGCGAUCGUACAAACCAGAUACACCAGACGAAAUAAAUGCCUCGGAACAAGGAAGUCUACUAAAAGUCGGCUUGGAUCCAAGCGGUGUACUUGCUGUUGCAGCCGGAUCCGAUAGAAGCAUUCGACUCUUUGAUUUUGCAAACGGCACUAUCUUAUCGAAAGUAUUUGGGCAUUCGGAAUUGAUUACUGACGUUAAAUUCACUCUGGAUUGUGAACGAAUAAUAUCCACGUCUGCAGAUGGUUGUGUUUUUGUAUGGAAAAUGUCUGACGAAUGGGUCGAAAAAAUGAGACAAAAGUGGCUCGAAAGAAGCGGGGCUGCAGGCGCACUAGGGAGGACCUCUCCUGUUUUCCGAGAAAGCGUGUCGCCACAACCGCCCCCCCCGAACUACCGUGCCCGCCUUAAGGCCUCAGUUCGAAAGGGUUCCGGAUCAUUAAGAACGAGAAAAUCUUUUUCGUCGCUUUUGCCAUCUGAUGUACAGCGUGAAGAACGACUGCGACAUUCCUCAAAAAGACCCGGUUCAUACUUUGUCGACGACACUAAAGUUCACACAACACAACAGACGAGACCAUUAUCUGAAGUAUCUCCCAGCAGAAUACCGCUUGCGGCGUCCACAACGCCUUCUCCACCGUCAUCGAAGAGUGGCUCUUCUUCGAGACGAGAAUCAUGGAAGUUAGGCUUACCAAGCUGGGCGAAAAAGGCCUUCAAAGAGAAAGAGGGUCACCGCGUUCGAGAAAAAAAUGACUCCGAAGGCGUAGAUUCUGUUAGCAACGAGGGGAAUGCAAUACCAAAGAUUCCGCCUGUCACAAACAAUCUUCAAGUGGAAAAGACGUUACCUGCCGUUCCGAAGACAAUACCUCGAGUCAGAUCACCAAGUAAACUACAGCGCGAAUCAACUAUUGAGGAUACUGCCGGAGUUAGAAUUUCGUCCAAAAAAUCAAAAAGCAGUCUCACAGCAGGCUCACCAAAAUCAGUAUUAUCCAUGUCUCCGCCAUCUUCAACAGCUCGUGCGGCAGUUCUCUCCACUUCGCCCAUGUCUAUGAACACAGUUCUCAGUACAGAGGGGGAAGAUAAUGGUGAAGAUGACGAUGAUGAGACUUCCGCUAUCGAAGAGACAGGUGUUGAUGAUUCAGCAUAUGAGGAUGCGGAAACUAUUUUCGUAGCACAGCCGGAAGAAGCGGACGAUGUAUACAUUAAUGGACCGGACAUAAGGCGUCGUCGAGAAAGUUUUGUGGAAGCUGUGACGAAAAUCGAUUUGGCUGACGGUCGCGGAAGUGAUAAGGCUAGUUUUAGUGAAAAUGAUAAUGAUGACAAUGAUGCGCAUAAGGGUGCAACUGAAUCUAGGAAGAGACGAGAAAGUUAUACGUUAAAGUUUUUGUCCGGUGGACAAUCGCGAGAUUCUAGUGGCCGUGCGAGUUUAACCGAAGCAUUUAUGAAAAUGAUUAAUUCGGGUGACAAUAAAGCCCUUGCAAUAGAAGAGGAUGAAGAGGAUAAACAGAGUGAUGACAAGGGCAGCUUUGAAAAAACUAUGGAAGCUUUAGAAGGACGCUUAACAGAGGUAACAAACGGUCGUGUCGAGCCAGACAAGUCUGGGCAAGAGCAGACUUCACCUGUUUCUUCACCUGCGCUCUCUGAAUCGGCAACCGUCAAGGGAGCAGAUGAUGAUUAUUCAGUAAACUCUCAGGAGCAUAAGUUGCUUGAUAAACAGAACGGUUUUAUAGCUAGAUCCAAUAUCUCUGUCCUUGCUGAGAAGGAAAAAAGAACGAGAUUAAAGAGUGACGAUACGUUCAGUCAAGUAAGGUCAGAAGAUGGUCAGUCACCAUUAUUGGCGGAUCAGGUGGAAGAGGAAAAGCCUGUAUUUACAGACGAACACGAUACCGUAAUUAUCGGUGCCUCUGAGACACCGAACACCGAUAAAGUCGGAAUUGUUGUCGAAGAGAAUGUCGAAAAACUAGCCAAAGAUUUAGGUAUUACUGUCAAUGGAAAGGAAUUAACAUCAACAUCGAUUUUCGUAAAUGACGUACCUUCUUCAUUUGAGGACACUGAAUUAAGUGAAGACGCUAUCGCUGACGAUGUCUACAACAUGUCAGUACUUCUUGAACGAACACUUGGUGUUUAUAAAAAAGUUACAUCAUCUAUUGCUGGCGGGAAUACAAAGAAUGAGAGCGUGCAAACGCUCAUAUCUGCCAGUCUAAUGGAGAUGGUGGACGAUAUAAGGAAGAGUCUCGACAUGACCAAAGAAAGCUCAUCAACACAAGAAAAACAAACUGGUGCUGCAGGAAAACGUGUGACUGCACAAGUUGAUGCAGAUGUGGAGGGUGAUGAUGACGAAGAGUGUGACGCAGACUCGAGCAAUUCAUAUGCAACUGCUUCGACGACUUUACGUGACCAUAAUAAUAGAAUUGAAUGCAAAUCACCCGAAUCCACCAAUUUAUUGGCACCACCUAGCCCCGCUUCUUCACCAUCUGGAUCAGCGCUUGCAGCCCCUCACAACAUGAUCUCGGACGACUCAGCACAGGUGCUUCUGGAAAAGUACUCUGACAUACUAGUCAAAAUGGUGCAAGACAAACUAUCAACGAAAACAGACGCUGUUGACAAAAAUUCAAUUUCUUCCAAAUCCGCGACAUUAGCGCAACCCAAGAACAAUGAGAAAUCGUUUGGUAGUCUAAGGAGUAAAACAAAGGCGG